CCCCUCUCGUGAACUUCGUAGUACUGCUGCCGUUACGGGUCGAGCCUCGGGUCGAGCCGCGGAGACCUGCCUACCUACUAGAGAUGAUUUGAAGGCGACUCGGUCAUUGAGGACACAGGAUGGUAGAAGAAAGGUGAGUGUAUUCGUGGUCGGUAUUUGUUGUCCGUAUCAGUUCAACGGGCCGCGGGCAGAUGCGAGCAACAGACGGCGGGCUCGAGUUUGGGCGACGCCAAGGGACUCUGUGAACUGAGGGAGGAGGUGGAGCAGUUGAAACAGAGUCUGGCGGAGUUGGUGCACGAGAAGAAGACAAUUGCAGCAGCAAUGACAAGAGUGGUGGAGGAGAGACUGAGAGUAGAACUAAGAAAGAGAGCAUAUGAAGAGAGCAAGCAAAGACUGAGAACAGAGUACGAGGAGCUCCAGCAGGUGGCCAGUAGUAACCAGAGGAGAGAGGAUCGCCUGGCGAGAGUGAGGGGGAAAGACUUCUCCAAGAGACUGCAGGACAUGGAGAGAGAGUGUGGGGAGAGGAAGAGGGAGGCGGAAGAGAAGAAGCAGAGGCUACAGGAUGCUCGCCGGGAGUCAGUGGUGACUCUGCAGAGCUCUGUCUUCCCCAUCCAGGUGGAGCCACUGAGUCAGGACGACGCCGGGGAAGACGGUGUGUCCUCACACACUCUUAUCCUCACAUGCGAUGCCCUCUGCUCUCCUCAGACUACCAGUUGUCAGCAGUCAUUGACUGUGAGACUGCAAUGGAUGUGGACGAUGGCUGGGUCCUCAGUGGAGUCCACAGGAGCCCCACUCCGCAUGCCUCCAUCAUCUCUGCCUCUCUCCCUCUCAACGGAGAUUACUCUCCUUACAUCGAGGCCUUCGACUGAUGCAGGACUCAUAUUUUACUUGAUGUGUUCACAAUUGUAUGACCUUUUGCCCCUUGUUUGAGGAGCCCUGUUUUGCAGCUGAGGAGAGACGAAAGAAACUGAAGACGGCCUCUGAAACUGGAGCUCCGUUGCCCCCGGUGACGGCUACAGGGCUCCACCCCCUGCUACAACCGUACUUGGCGGUGCCUGCAGGUCUCCAGUUCACGGCUCAGUUUGUGGAGAUUGCAGCCGACAUUCUGGACACACCCCUGUCACACCCCCUCCACAGACCUCUCUGCAUCCUGGAGUAUGGGAACCAGAACAAGAAGAGACGUUCCUUUGUGGAAUCUCGGGCCAAACUUGAUGACAAUAUCCUCUACCUCUGCUUCUCUCAGAAUGUCCCUCUCUCUGCUCUCUCGCCUGGCCACACCCUCAGCAACAUCCUGGCUCUUGUCACUCACUCUGAGCUGGGACGACAAGGAGCCUUCUCCUGCCAGCCUGACCUGGCCAUGUACAGAGGAGACAGUGGAGCUCUGGCAGGAGAUCCUGAGAACGAACCUCCUUCGCUCUGUACUGCAGCAGCUGACCUGCCCCCGGAAGACAGUGAUGAGGGGGAGGAGGAAGAGG